CAGAGAGAGCGCGAGAGCGAGAGAGAGGAGGCCGGCGGAUAAAGCACGGAGAAAGCCUGGAUCGGUUCCGCUGUGCGCGUGCAGAUGUGUACUGUAAACACGGCAACGGCACGUGAACUUGAGGAGUUUUAUUUGGUUCAAGACGCACCGGAUAUCUCCUCCGGAAGGACUGAAGGAGGACUCACCUGGUUGCUACGGAGACAGUUUUAAUAUUUUAAUCGGUUACCAAGCAUCGCCAUGCCGUCCAACACUACCACACUGCCCCCAUCAGAGGACCCCACUACACACAUGAGUGAAGACGGAGUGGUCCAUAUGGGCCCAGAGGAGGGGAGUUUAGCCAGCCCACCCGCACCCCGCAGAGUUGAAAGACCCAACAGGCAACACAACCACACACUUUCUGACUCGUGUGAGAUGGCCCCCCCCACACCCCCAGAGGAAGUUGACCCCUCCCCUCGCAGGAAACGUGGCCGGCGGAAAAUGGAGCCUCUGGAGCCGAAGGAACCUAACAUGGAGGGGGAAGGCAGCAGGCUGCGCAGAAGGCCGGUUCCCAGAGAGACGUUUCAGGCUGGAGAUCCUUUUUACAUCAGCAGGAGACAGAGAGACAAGUGGAUCAACCGCUGGAGUAGAGAGGCUGAGAGGCGGGCCCACCAAGACUCUGUGAUGAGCGUGAUGGAGGACCUAUCAGAGCCAGAGUUUCAGAAGGAGGAGGAGCCAGCAGCCAGUUUAGCCACUCCCCCACCCCAGCAACACACUGACCCUGCCUCUCCCACCAUUGCCAUGACGCCAGAGCCUGUUGCCAUGACGCCUGAGCCUGUUGCCAGGGGCCAACGUGCCACACCCAGAGAUUCAGAGUACCAGGAUGGUAGGGGGUUUGGUCUGGGCUGUCUGGUGUUUGGGAAGCUGCGGGGGUUCUCCUGGUGGCCCGGACGGAUCGUCUCCUGGGUGAUGAGUGGGAGGAGCCGGGCGGCAGACGGAACGCGCUGGGUCAUGUGGUUCGGAGACGGGAAGUUCUCUGUGGUGUGUGUAGAGAAGUUGAUGCCCCUGACCUCCUUCUCCCCAGCCUUCCACCAGCCCACCUACAACAAACAGCCCAUGUACAGAAGAGCUAUAUAUGAGGCACUACAGGUGGCGAGCAGGCGUGCCGGCAGGCCUCUCCCCUCUUGUGAUGGUGGUGAUGAUGCGGAGGGUGGGGGGGCGGAGCUACAGAAGCAGAACAGGAAGUUGAUAGAAUGGGCCAUGACAGGCUUCCUGCCCAGCGGACCUCAGAGUCUGGACCCCCCUGAUGAGGAUAGACAUCCAUAUAAGGACGUGUAUCCUGAGAUGUGGGUGGAGCCAGAGGCAGCUUACACCCCGCCCCCUCCGGCCAAGAGGCCCCGCAAGAACGUUGCUGAGAAACCCAAGAUCAGAGAGGUCAUCGAUGAGGGGACUAGAGAGAGACUCAUCCAAGAGAUCAGACAGAAGACCAGGAACAUAGAAGAUAUCUGUAUCUCCUGUGGUAGCCUCAACGUCUCUCUGGAGCAUCCUCUCUUCAUCGGAGCCAUGUGUCAGAGCUGCAAGAACUGUUUCCUGGAGUGUGCGUACCAGUACGAUGAUGAUGGAUACCAGUCCUACUGCACUAUCUGCUGUGGAGGACGGGAGGUCCUGAUGUGUGGAAACAACAACUGCUGCAGGUGUUUCUGUGUGGAGUGUGUGGAUCUGUUGGUGGGUGUGGGUUCGGCGUCAGCUGCAAUCAGAGAGGACCCCUGGAACUGCUACAUGUGUGAAACAGACAACACACACGGGUUACUACGACGACGCGACGACUGGCCGUCACGACUACAGGUGUUCUUUGCUAACAACCAUGAACAGGAGUUUGAGGCAGCCAGGUUGUACCCUCCUGUAGCAGCUGAGAGGAGACAGCCAAUCAGAGUCCUCUCUCUGUUCGACGGCAUCGCCACAGGUCUGUUGGUGCUAAGGGACCUGGGUAUUCAGGUGGACAGGUACGUGGCUUCAGAGGUGUGUGAGGAUUCUAUCACCGUGGGGAUCGUACGUCACCAUGGUUCCAUCAUAUAUGUUGGAGACAUCCGCAACGUCACACACAAACACAUCCAGGACUGGGGUCCAUUUGACCUGGUGAUUGGAGGAAGUCCCUGUAAUGACCUGUCCAUUGUCAACCCCGCCAGGAAGGGACUCUUCGAGGGUACUGGGCGGCUGUUCUUUGAGUUUUACCGGCUACUCCACGAGGCCCGUCCCAAACCAGACGACCACCGACCGUUCUUCUGGCUCUUUGAGAAUGUCGUUGCCAUGGGGAUCAGCGACAAGAGAGACAUCUCACGCUUCCUCGAGUGUAACCCAGUGAUGAUCGAUGCCAAAGAGGUGUCUGCUGCCCACCGCGCCAGAUACUUCUGGGGAAACCUUCCGGGCAUGGGACGACCUCUCACAGCCAUGGUGAAUGAUAGACUGGAACUACAAGACUGUCUGGAGCACGGACGCACAGCCAAGUUUGGGAAGGUGCGUACGAUAACAACACGUUCUAACUCGGUGAAGCAGGGGAAGGAUCAACACUUCCCUGUUUACAUGGACAACAAGGAGGACAUACUCUGGUGCACUGAGAUGGAGAGGGUUUUUGGGUUCCCGGUCCACUACACUGAUGUGUCCAACAUGAGUCGUCUCUCCAGACAGCGUCUGUUGGGGCGGUCCUGGAGCGUUCCGGUCAUACGACACCUCUUCGCUCCGCUCAAAGAGUACUUCGCCUGCAACUAAUACACACACACACACACACACACACACACACACACACACACACACACACACACACACACACACACACACACACACACACACACACACACACACACACACACACACACACACAUCAACUGAAAGAGUUCUCAGCCUGGAGCCCCUCCCACGACCCACAGGCCGACGCCCAACCAGAAAGGUUACAGCCCCACCCCGGUGUUAACCAAUCACAAGCCAGGACACGCCCCAACCCCGGUGCUAACCAAUCACAAACCAGGACACACACCCACCCCGGUGCUAACCAAUCACAAACUGAAACUGUUAUCCAACCACAAAGCAACACUCCAACAACCUGGACUAUCUCUCUUCCAGUCUCUGUCACACACGUCAGACGUCAUGGUGCUAGUCGACCAAGGUGCUUCAACACUCAUUCAUGGUUCAUCUCCUCUACAUCUCAUCUCCCUUCAGGACUGAUAAUCAAAUCUAUGGUGCUACACACACACGCACGCACGCACACGCACACGCACACACACACACACACACGCACACACGCACACACGCA